AUGUCCUCUAUUCUUGGCUCCGACGAUGAAGUUGCAGAGUUGUGCACUACCACCACAACGACCGCAUUUGCAGGGAUUUCAGGGACCAUCAGCAUCUACACGGACGGCGGCUGUUCAGUGCUUGGUUCGACAGCAUCCAUCAAUCUGGGUCCCUGCACACUGACCGGCUCGACCAGCUCGAUAGACUUCACUUGCAUGGAAGGGUCCAUCGCUUACAAUGCGUACAGCACGGAUGACUGCAGUGGUGAGGCAACGACGCAGGUCCUUGAGCAGGGCCCCUGCAUCCCAAUGGACAACGGCACGUCAUCUUGGAUCGUUGCUUUCCCCGGAUGCACCGGACUACAGGCAGGACACAAGCACUUGGCCGUCGUCCGGGUCUUCUCGACGGAGGAAGAGCUGCAGCUACUGAUGGACAGUGUCGAGAAGUGGGAUAAGGCCGGUGCAAUUCCCUGCACCACAAAAUCGAGCAUGAGCGAGAUCGACCUCAUCUUGGUGUACAGCAAGGACCUGGAAGCCGACGCCGAAGCCAAAAGCAAGGUGGGUGCCAUUGAGGCUGCUUUCCACAGUGAUGUCUACGGCUGGAUGAUGAUGCCGACCUACUUGGUGGAGCACAUCAACGGCAAUGCCAUGUACAACCUCAAGCACCCUUGGACCAAGGCGGUGUACGAUGCAUUCCAUAGCAUGGAUGACGGCAGCAUGAUGGAAGAGAUGGCCUNNGAAGCCGACGCCGAAGCCAAAAGCAUCGUGGGUGCCAUUGAGGCUGCUUUCCACAGUGAUGUCUACGGCUGGAAGAGCUGCUUUUCCAACAUCAGGAGCAUGUCGGCCAACUUGAACCCGGAGCAAGACGUCUAUGACAACCGUGGCUACACCACGAACAAGCACUGGGUCUCCGGCCCCAAUGCCGUCUUCUCGAAAAUCAUGAUGGCCAUGAUGGAGGGCGAGUUCAACGACACGUACGACAUCUUCUUCCUCAUGGAGAUGAUGGCCUUCGAUGUCGCCUUUGCCAUGAUAACUAUGGAUGCGAUGUCAGGGAACACUAGCCAGUUCGCAGCUGCUUGGGCAGCUGCAGGAGGCAACAACCAGACCUACAACUGGGAUUCCAUGCUGGUGGGCAACUACGCCAACACACUUCUGAACACCAGCUUCGAGUUCCCGACUUACAUCCGCCACGGCUCCAGCAAGAAUCUGUUCGCGAACUUGGAUGACGAACAUGUGACGCUUGGAGUGGCAGUGUUCGAUCACCAGGGGCACUUGAAGGACACCAUCCCCACUCAUCAUCCCUUCAAGAAGAUCCUGGCUCUGACCUACUACCCGCAUCCGCAGCAGAUGGACAUGUAUGAGGCUCCAGUCGGGAACGUGACCAUGACCACGCAGGCAGCCACUGGGGAUCCCUUUUACCACCUCUGCGAGACCGCCAGGCUCGUUGACACAAAGUGGUUCGCUCUCACAGACAAUUAUCACAUCAUCAAAGCGCCGGUGAGCGUUCUGAUGGACAUGGGCGACAAGCCCGUGCUGCCGUAUGUCCUGAGAAACUCCAAGUACUGUGGCGAGCGCCCCAACUGUGAGGCUUCCAUGUUGCAAGCAGAGGGGCUGUUCAGCAUCACUUUGAACUACCACCACGACAAGUACGAGGUGCUGUACAAGACGGAUGAUGCCAGGAUGUUCUGUGAUGCAUGGGACCUUGCAACAGGCAGCACAGCGAGCGAGUCGUGGGCCAAUUGCAGUCUGUCCUUCGGCCCAACUGGAGAUGACUACAUCGCCUGGAAGAUCAGCGUGGACCAGAACAUCACCGAGGAGUUCACUCCGAAGGACAAGACGCGCUACGGCUGGAGAGCCUGGACGAGCCUUUGGAAUCCGGCCCCAGUUGACUCUCGCGAGUGCACGCCGAUGCUCUACGGCCCGAAGGAGUAUCUGGAGACGCUUGGCAACAUCUCCCACUGUGCUGUUGACUACGUUGAGAAUGCCGCGGCGUGUGAAUCUGAUACCACAUGCGCGUGGAAGGCCAUGUUCGAGUCCGGAGUGUGCUUUCAGGACCCGAAGAUUAGCGUCACCACGACGACAACAAUGGCGGGAGUGACCUACAGCACCAUCGAAGUCACAUUGCCGCUCACCGUGGACGAUGCAGCUGCGAUCCUCAACAAUGCUACUGUGCAGGAUGCCAUGAAGCAAGGCUUUGCAACGGCGAUGGAGGUGCCUGUGGAGGAUGUGAUGCUGGAGAUUCAGGCAGCUCGGCGGUUGAGUUCUCACACGAGAAAGCUUCAGACCGAGCUGCUGGCCGUCUUCACAGUGAUCAUGCCCAGCCUUGAGGACGCCAUCGUGAAGCAGGUGGAGAUCGAGACCCUUUCCUUGGAGGCCACCAACGAGGCCAUCGCGAGUGCCGUCGCGAGCACGGGCUUCUCGGGUGCCUUGGAGGUUACCGGCAAGACGACCAUGCGAGUUGCGGGUCCGACCACGACAACCACGACGACCACAACGACACAGGCCGGCAACACCACCACUACCGAGGGCGGUGAUGACGGCGAUGCGGGUGACGACGGGGACGAUGGUGACGAUGGCGACGAGCAGCCGCCCAGCUCGGCAAUCGCGGGCAGCGCCUCCGCUGCGGUGCUGGGACUGGCUGCCAAGCAAUUCAUUCACAUUGACUUUCCGAUGCUACUGAGCGCAAGCUUAGACUACGCCACAUGA